GGCAGCCAACAAAGAUGAUGGCAAGAAAAAAGAGGGAAAGAAGAACGAAGAUCAAGUCAACAAUCAGUUGGUGGUGAAAGUGGAUCUAGGUGAUGAGGAAGACAGGACAAAGGCCAAGCGAGUAGUUUGGCAUAUUGCAGGAUUUGAGCGUCUGACUGUGGACAAAAGCACAGUAAACUAACAGUAUCUGGCACUAUCGACCCGGUCAAGGUGGUGAACAAACUGACGAAACUGCACACAGAAAUGGUGAGCUUCGGAGCAGCCAAGGAAGACGAUGGCAAGAAAGAAGGGGAAAGAAGAACGAAGAUCAAGUCGCCAGUCAGAAGUUGGUGGUGAAAAUGGAUAUAGGUGAUGAGGAAGCCAAGACAAAGGCCAAGCGAGUAGUUUGGCAUAUUGCAGGAUUUGAGCGUCUGACUGUGGACACAGAGCUCAAUAAACUAACAGUAUCUGGCACUAUGGACCCGGUCAAGGUGGUGAACAAACUGACGAAACUGCACGCAGAAAUGGUGAGCUUCGGAGCAGCCAAGGAAGACGAUGGCAAGAAAGAAGGGGGAAAGAAGAACGAAGAUCAAGUCGCCAGUCAGAAGUUGGUGGUGAAAGUGGAUCUAGGUGAUGAGGAAGACAGGACAAAGGCCAAGCGAGUAGUUUGGCAUAUUGCAGGAUUUGAGCGUCUGACUGUGGACAAAAAGCACAGUAAACUAACAGUAUCUGGCACUAUGGACCCGGUCAAGGUGGUGAACAAACUGACGAAACUGCACGCAGAAAUGGUGAGCUUCGGAGCAGCCAAAGAAGACGAUGGCAAGAAAGAAGGGGGAAAGAAGAACGAAGAUCAAGUCGCCAGUCAGAAGUUGGUGGUGAAAAUGGAUAUAGGUGAUGAGGAAGCCAAGACAAAGGCCAAGCGAGUAGUUUGGCAUAUUGCAGGAUUUGAGCGUCUGACUGUGGACACAGAGCUCAAUAAACUAACAGUAUCUGGCACUAUGGACCCGGUCAAGGUGGUGAACAAACUGACGAAACUGCACGCAGAAAUGGUGAGCUUCGGAGCAGCCAAGGAAGACGAUGGCAAGAAAGAAGGGGGAAAGAAGAACGAAGAUCAAGUCGCCAGUCAGAAGUUGGUGGUGAAAGUGGAUCUAGGUGAUGAGGAAGACAGGACAAAGGCCAAGCGAGUAGUUUGGCAUAUUGCAGGAUUUGAGCGUCUGACUGUGGACAAAAAGCACAGUAAACUAACAGUAUCUGGCACUAUCGACCCGGUCAAGGUGGUGAACAAACUGACGAAACUGCACGCAGAAAUGGUGAGCUUCGGAGCAGCCAAGGAAGACGAUGGCAAGAAAGAAGGGGGAAAGAAGAACGAAGAUCAAGUCGCCAGUCAGAAGUUGGUGGUGAAAAUGGAUAUAGGUGAUGAGGAAGCCAAGACAAAGGCCAAGCGAGUAGUUUGGCAUAUUGCAGGAUUUGAGCGUCUGACUGUGGACACAGAGCUCAAUAAACUAACAGUAUCUGGCACUAUGGACCCGGUCAAGGUGGUGAACAAACUGACGAAACUGCACGCAGAAAUGGUGAGCUUCGGAGCAGCCAAGGAAGACGAUGGCAAGAAAGAAGGGGGAAAGAAGAACGAAGAUCAAGUCGCCAGUCAGAAGUUGGUGGUGAAAGUGGAUAAAGGUGAUGAGGAAGACAGGACAAAGGCCAAGCGAGUAGUUUGGCAUAUUGCAGGAUUUGAGCGUCUGACUGUGGACACAAAGCUCAAUAAACUAACAGCAUCUGGCACUAUGGACCCGGUCAAGGUGGUGAACAAACUGACGAAACUGCACGCAGAAAUGAUGAGCUUCGGAGCAGCCAAGGAAGACGAUGGCAAGAAAGAAGGGGGAAAGAAGAACGAAGAUCAAGUCGCCAGUCAGAAGUUGGUGGUGAAAGUGGAUAUAGGUGAUGAGGAAGAUAGGACAAAGGGAAAGCGAGUAGUUUGGCAUGUUGCAGGAUUUGAGCGUCUGACUGUGGACACAGAGCUCAAUAAACUAACAGUAUCUGGCACUAUGGACCCGGUCAAGGUGGUGAACAAACUGACGAAACUGCACGCAGAAAUGGUGAUCUUCGGAGCAGCCAAGGAAGACGAUGGCAAGAAAGAAGGGGGAAAGAAGAACGAAGAUCAAGUCGCCAGUCAGAAGUUGGUGGUGAAAGUGGAUCUAGGUGAUGAGGAAGACAGGACAAAGGCCAAGCGAGUAGUUUGGCAUAUUGCAGGAUUUGAGCGUCUGACUGUGGACACAGAGCUCAAUAAACUAACAGUAUCUGGCACUAUGGACCCGGUCAAGGUGGUGAACAAACUGACGAAACUGCACGCAGAAAUGGUGAGCUUCGGAGCAGCCAAGGAAGACGAUGGCAAGAAAGAAGGGGGAAAGAAGAACGAAGAUCAAGUCGCCAGUCAGAAGUUGGUGGUGAAAGUGGAUCUAGGUAAUGAGGAAGACAAGAUAAGGGCCGAGCAAGUAGUUCAAUGUAUUGCAGGAUUUGAGCGUCUGGCUGUGGACACAACGCACACCAAACUAACAGUAUCUGGCACUCUGGACCCGGUCGAGGUGGUGAACAAACUGAGGAAAUCUUUGCACGCAGAAAUGGUGAGCUGCGGAGCAGCCAAGGAAGACGGUGGCAAGAAAGAAGGGGGAAAGAAGAACGAAGAUCAAGUCACCAGUCAGAAGUUGGUGGUGAAAGUGGAUCUACGUGAUGAGAAAGACAGGAAGGUGUUCAGGAAAGAUGCCUGGAAAGAAGUUAAUCGUAUCGCAGGAUUUGAUUAUCUGGCUAUGGACACAAAGGACAACAAACUAACAGUAUCUGGCAUUAUGGACCCGGUCGAGGUGGUGAACGAACUGAGGGAAUCUUGGGACACAGAAAUCGUGAGUUUCGGAACAGCCAAGGAAGAUGAUGGCAAGAAAGAAGAGGGAAAGAAGAACGGAGUUCUAGUCGCCAAUCGCGUAAAAGCCUCGCAACGAAGAUCAGGUCGUCAAUCAUGUCGCGUCGAAUUUUUAGAGUGACACGUAACAAUUGAUGGGUAUACCCCUUGUUUGUUGUGUAGAAUUUUUUAUGGUCAAAAUAUUAAUUUUCGAUAAAUUUGUCACUUUUAUAUUAAUUUGAAAUUUCUUGUGGUAUUAACUAGAGAGAUGUGGUCCUAUCAAAGAUGACGGAGGCGACGACUUGCCGGUUGAGAGUUGUUGUGGAAAUUUCAUGUUUCGCGCU